ACGAAUGAUAGCCUACUUUCUGCAAGUGCUUUGCUCAUGACGCUUUCACAUUUCCACAUUUCGCCCAGCAGGGGGCGCUACGUGUGACACUAUUUUUGCCUCUUUCUGUCAGAGAUCGCUGAGCAUGACAGUCAUGUAGGCUACUCUCGUGGUGCUGAUGGGAGACCGCGGCCGACUGAAGACGCUGGCGAAAACCCUCCGAGAUUUUCCCAGGUAGCCUUAACUCUACACUUGAUUUGGGGUGUGCGAAGGGCAGAAGAAGGUUGGACGGCUGUUAAAUAGAGACUGUCAUCGCGACCGCCGGCAAAUUAUGCAUAAACUGUUUAGUAGAUAGCAGUUGCACUGUUGUCGUAGCGCUUAGUGACAGCGGCACUAGCAGGAAUGAGAGCGUAGUGAGUGGGGAGGAGUAGCUGGCUCGCCGUUGAGAGGGGCAUGGCAGAAGGGUUUGGAGAAGAUGCGACAGACGUGCGCUAUGCCGUUUCGUUAGCGGAAAGGUUAAUUGCAACUGGUGGGUGUUUCAGCGAAGCAGUCCCGAAGAUUUCAUAGAUAUCGAUCGGAAUAUUACGGCCUUUAUCCCCGCGUCUGAUCACGUUCUUGUCUCCACGGAUGAUCUAUCAGACCAAUUGCAUUCGAGUCUGUAGUGUAUCUGGACGUAGGGCGGACUGUGUCAGCGGGGUGAGACGACAGAUAUGGAAUAACCAGCGAGGUCAACAAGCCGGUAAUUAUAUAAAUAUGUAGCAAAAGUAACCCAGGCCUAUGGCAGGGAUUUAAUUACACUGAAGUUUUGAAUCUGUAACAAGCUGGACUGUUUUCUACUACCAGAUAGCCUAAAGCAACACGCCGGGUAUCCCUCAAUUUAGAGAGGUUAUUUCGCACUGACAUUGGGCUAGAAAAAGCCUCGCCUGUUUCAGCACACUUGGGUUUCUGGAGAGCCGUGGCAAGAUGAUGUGCGAGGUGAUGCCGACCAUAAACGAAGGGGACUCCUUGAGCUCCCAGCGUGGCUCUCAAAACGGCACGGAUGCCGAGGCUAAUUUCGAGCAACUGAUGGUGAAUAUGUUGGACGAGCGAGACAAGCUUCUGGAGUCCUUGCGCGAGACCCAGGAAACGCUGAUCCAGUCCCAGACCAAGUUCCAGGACGCGUUGCACGAGCGAGACCUCCUCCAGCGACAGCUCAACUCCGCGCUCCCGCAGGAAUUUGCCACGCUUACCAAGGAGCUGAAUGUGUGUCGAGAGCAGCUGCUGGAGAAAGAGGAGGAAAUCUCUGAGCUCAAAGCCGAGAGGAACAACACCAGGCUGCUGCUGGAGCACCUGGAGUGUUUGGUGUCACGUCACGAGCGCUCGCUGAGGAUGACGGUGGUGAAGAGACAGGCUCCGCCCCCAUCUGGCGUCUCUAGCGAGGUGGAGGUCCUCAAGGCCCUCAAGUCACUGUUCGAGCAUCACAAGGCCCUGGACGAGAAGGUGAGGGAGAGGCUGAGGGUGGCACUGGAGAGGGUCACAACUGUGGAGGGACAACUGGCUGUAGCCAAUCAGGAGCUGGUGACGGUCAGGCAGAGGAAGGACAAGUCCGAUGGGGACUCCAUGGACAGAACCGACGGCUCCAAACCCAUGUGGAAGAGGCUGCCCAACGGCUCCAUCGACGCCCAUGAUGAAGGGGCGCGGUGCGUGGAGCUUCAGGAGCUCCUGGAGAAGACCAAUAAGGAGCUGACGCAGAGCCGGGAGCGAGUGGGCAUGCUCAGUACACGCGUGGGCGACCUGGAGACCGAACUCGCCACCGCCCGCAAAGACCUGGUCAAGAGCGAGGAGCUGGGCGUCAAACACCAGAGAGACAUACGCGAGGCUCUGGCACAGAAGGAGGACAUGGAGGAGCGCAUCACCACCCUGGAGAAGCGAUACCUGGCCGCCCAGAGAGAGACCACCAGCAUACACGACUUCAACGACAAGCUGGAGAACGAGCUCGCUACUAAAGACUCACUGCACAGACAGAGCGAGGAGAAAGUGCGCCACCUGCAGGAGCUGUUGGAGCUUGCGGAGCAGCGGCUGCAGCAGACCAUGAGGAAGGCGGAGACUCUGCCAGAGGUGGAGGCCGAGCUUGCCCAGAGAGUGGCCGCCCUCUCCAAGGCUGAGGAGCGCCAUGGCAACAUUGAGGAGCGCUUGAGACAACUGGAGUCACAGUUGGAGGAGAAGAACCAGGAGCUGGGCAGGGCGCGCCAGCGUGAGAAGAUGAAUGAGGAACAUAACAAGCGUCUGUCAGACACAGUGGACCGCCUCCUCACGGAGUCUAACGAGAGACUGCAGCUCCACCUGAAGGAGCGCAUGGCUGCACUGGAGGACAAGAAUGCCCUCAUCCAUGACUUGGAGAGAUGCCAGAAACAGCUGGAAGAGUUUCACCACACAAAGGAGAGGCUGAUUGGUGAGAUAGAGAAGCUUCGGUUGGAGAUCGACCACCUAAAACGCAGAAGUGGAGUGUUUGGAGACGGAACACACUCUCGCUCCCAUCUGGGCAGCGCCACAGACCUGCGCUACUCCAUGGUGGAGGCACAGGGGGAGCACUUUGGGUCAUCCCAGGUGAUCCGGCGGGCACAGAAAGGAAGACGGGUGGCGCUGAGGGACGACCCAAACAAGGACUGGGAGCGUUCCCAGCCCUCCAGCCUGCGUGCCAGCCGGACCCACCUGAUGGAGAGCGACCCGGAGCUGUCCGACCUGGACGACGACGACCGCGACACCAUCUUCAGCUCGGGAGACAUGCUCUCCCCCAGUGGACACUCCGACGCCCAGACGCUGGCACUCAUGCUGCAGGAGCAGCUGGACGCCAUUAACGAGGAGAUCAGGAUGAUCCAGGUGGAGAAGGAGAGUGCAGAGUUGCGCGCUGAUGAGAUCGAGUGUCGUGUGAACAGCGGCAGCAUGGAUGGCCUCAACGUCACCCUCAGGCCCCGCCCCUCCAUCCCCACCUCCGUCACCGCCCUCUCAUUGGCCAGCUCCUCGCCACCCGUCAGUGGACGCUCCACCCCCAAGAUGGCGUCGCGCUCCGCGGCCCAUGAGCUGGGCAUCAUGACCCUGCCUAGUGAUUUAAGGAAGCACCGCAGGAAAGUAGCAUCCCCAGACGAGGCUCGUGAGGACAAGCCCACUAUCAAGUGUGAAACGUCGCCUCCAUCCUCCCCACGAAGCAUGCGCCUGGACCAGAUGACCUUCACACAACUCACCGGCAGCCUGGAGGAUGGACGCGGGACCAAUAAGAAGAAAGGCAUCAAGGUGUCCAUCGGACGGCUCUUUGGUCGCAAGGAGAAGGGCGGCCGUCUGGAUGGUCAGCCAAUGCUGAGGGACGGGCAGAUAACCCCUCCCAUCAUUCCAGACCUAGACAUGGGCAUCGGGGACACCAUGACUCUGAGCAAGCUGGGCACUCAAGCAGAGAGGGACCGCAGGAUGAAGAAGAAGCAUGAGCUGCUGGAGGAUGCCAGGAGGAAAGGGCAGCCCUUCUCCAACUGGGACGGACCCACGGUGGUGUCCUGGCUGGAGCUGUGGGUGGGCAUGCCAGCGUGGUACGUGGCGGCGUGCCGUGCCAACGUGAAGAGUGGUGCCAUCAUGUCUGCGCUGUCGGACACGGAGAUCCAGCGUGAGAUUGGCAUCAGCAACCCGCUGCACCGCCUCAAGCUGCGCCUGGCCAUUCAGGAGAUGGUCACUCUCACCAGCCCCUCUGCCCCGCUCACAUCACGCACCUCCUCCGGAAAUGUGUGGGUGACUCACGAGGAGAUGGAGACCAUUGCCUCCUCCACUAAAGCGGACAAGGAGGAGGGCAGCUGGGCACAGACGCUGGCAUAUGGAGACAUGAACCACGAGUGGAUUGGGAAUGAGUGGCUGCCCAGCCUGGGUCUGCCUCAGUACCGCAGCUACUUCAUGGAGUGCCUGGUAGACGCCCGCAUGCUGGACCACCUCACCAAGAAGGACCUGCGCACACACCUCAAGAUGGUGGACAGCUUCCACCGAGCAAGUUUACAGUACGGCAUCAUGUGCUUGAAGCGACUGAACUACGAUCGCAAAGAGCUGGAUAGGAGACGAGAGGAAUGCCAGCACGACAUCAGAGACACGCUGGUGUGGACCAAUGAGCAGGUGGUCCACUGGGUGCACACCAUCGGCCUGAAGGAGUACAGCAACAACCUGAUGGAGAGCGCCGUCCACGGAGCGCUCAUGGCCCUGGACGAGAACUUCGACUACAGCAGCCUCGCCCUCAUCCUGCAGAUCCCCAUGCAGAACACACAGGCCAGACAGGUUCUGGAGCGGGAGUUCAACAACGUGCUGGCGCUGGGUACCGACCGCCGGGUGGACGAGAGUGACGAUAAAGCUUUCCGGCGGUCGCCGUCCUGGCGUAAGCGAUUUCGUCCGCGGGACGGGCAGGGCUUGGGCAUGAUGCCAGGCUCCAUGGAGACGCUGCCCGCUGGAUUCCGACUCGCCCCCAUGUCUAUGCCCUACUCCAUGGCUGUGGUGCCCAGGAAACAGCUGCAGCCCGAAGCUGCUCCGCCUCCCUCACAGAGACUUGACCCCUCCACUGUCAGGACUUACUCCUGCUAACUCUACUGUACUUACCCAGAGCGCUCGCGCUAACAGUGCAUCCUCACUAUCUGUACGGACACACGCUUGCUGCCUUUCGAGAGUAACAUGCCAAAAUCGGAGGACUCUUUUGGAGGCGACUCGGAUGGGGGUGGGCCUUCAUGAAGUGUAUCCCUCCCCGCACCUCCCACCCCCCCUGAAACCACCCCUGUGCGACCCCUCUCAGACUCUGUGCAAUAGAAGGUGGGGCAACGUCAACGCCACGUCACACCGCGCCACGCCAUGCUGUCCUGGCCUGCCUGUGGGUCACACACACACACGCCAUGCUGUCCUGGCCUGCCUGUGGACUCGAUCCAGUGUGGAGUUUGCACCACUGCUGUGGAGGAUAGCCCCUCGUCCUCCUCCUCCUCCUCCUCUCUCCUCUCCCAGUAACCCCAGUUAUGUAGUCGUCGUGGUGAUGAUGUGCUUAUGCUCUCCAUUUUAAACUGGUGUACUUCGCCUAGUAGCCUGUCAGUUAGAGUCUAUUUCCUGGGUGUUUCUAUGGCAACAAGAGUAUAAGGCUUUCCCCCUCCGGUUAUGCAAGGUAUUUAUCAGUGUCUAUCUGUAUAUAAAAUGGAUGACUUACUAUGUUUUUUAUAGAAAUAUAUACAUAUAAAAAUAUAUAUAUAUAUAUAUUGAAAUUGUAUAUGGGAUGAAAACUAUAUACUAAUUGUAUGGAAAUGGGAUUAUCUUAAUCUUGUCUGAGUUGUGAACUCUUUCUGUUUGUUGGAUGGCUGUGUGCUAGACCAACAUGUGCUGUAAUUGAUGGUCCCCAGUGCACUUGUGUGAGGACGUUUCCGUGGACGAACCUGUUAUUGAUCACUUCGACAAAUACUCAUGUGCAGUGAUGAGUUCAUUCCAGUUGACCAAAUACGGUUAACAAGAACAAGGCCAAGGUCCAUAACUCUCUCUCUCUCUGUUCCUC